UUCAGUUAUUGGUCCCACUCAGAGACCAACCCUUCUUUACAUAACCAAUUGCUGACAAAAGACUCUGAUUGACGAGGGUUUUAGCCAAUUAGAAACCCUAUUUUUUGUGGGCGAGUUCUCGAGUUAAGGGGUGGGAUGUUCGAGGUCAUUCAGACCCUCUCCAGCUCACUCUAUCAGCGUGUGUUUGAGGGGUCGGGCGGCUGGUGAGGGAUAGUCGCCGGGCGGUUGCACAUUUUAGACGCGAUUUGAGAAAGAGACACCGCCGAAAAUUUCAGCAGAGGCUGGAGAAACCACCCCCGGUGACGACUUCUGUAUAAUUAUCCAAUGCAGCGUCGUCGCCACACGUCCAACCAACAGAAAGCAACCCUGCUACCAGACACUAGCCAGCUAGCUUCAUCCCUGAAAACUGACGGCGUCUGGCUUCUGAUAGCUAGCCUCCCAGCUAAUUAUCAAACAGCUAACAACGUUUGGCGUGCUUCUCCUUCUCGCGCAAGUCGACACUAAAGCAGCCGCUCGCGUUAGUGAGCCAGCGAGCUUUAAAUCCUACAUUUGGACAGAAACAGAUAACGGUCCCCCUUCCUAAACUAACUGCCUGCCGGAGACCGCAUCUGCGUUGCUUGUUGUGACACCCAUCACACCCAUCUCCCCAACCCCUUCACCUCUGCCCCUCCACCUUUUUUUUCUCCUCCACCCGAAACACUGGAAAUCCAGAAGCUGCCGGAGAGCGGCGAAGGGCCGGUGAAGCUGGGAACGGCUCCGGACUUACAGGGAGUCGCAGCGGUUACGGACGCCAAGCACAGCCGUGGGGAUUUACCGAAAAGCAUGGACGGGCUGGCCGUGGAGGUUCGCGGCUCGAAUGGGGCCUUUUACAAGGGUUUUAUCAAAGACGUCCAUGAAGACUCGCUCACUAUUGUGUUCGAAAACAACUGGCAGCCUGAAAGACAGUUGCCCUUCAGCGACGUGCGGCUGCCUCCACCCACCGACUACCACAAGGAUAUUGGUGAAGGCGAGGAGGUGGAGGUCUACUCCAGGGCCAACGAACAGGAGCCCUGUGGGUGGUGGCUGGCACGGGUCAGAAUGAUGAAGGGGGAGUUCUACGUAAUUGAAUAUGCAGCGUGUGAUGCCACAUACAAUGAGAUCGUCACAUCAGAGCGCAUCAGGCCUCUUAACCCCAACAGCCCCGCGUCCCGAAACACUUUCCACAAGGUCACCAUCCCUGUCCCAGAAGAUCUGAGGGACAUAUGUGCGAGUGAUGGCAUUCACAAAGACUUCAGAAAAGCAAUCGGAGCCAACUGCAUCUUCUACAGCGCUCAAACACACGAGCUCAUUGUCCUGUCUACAAAUGAGACGACCGUGAAGCGUGCAACACUUCUGAGUGACAUGCACUUCCGCAGCAUCCGCACCAAGCUCAUCCUGAUGUCCCGCAAUGAAGAAGCCACCAAACAUUUGGAGACCAGUAAGCAGCUAGCAGCAGCGUACCAAGAAGAGGUCAGAGUCAGAGAGGACCUAAUGGGCCUCGCCAUUGGCUCCCACGGUGCCAACAUCCAGCAAGCUAGGAAGGUGCCAGGUGUUACUGCCAUCGAACUCGAAGAGGAAAGUUGUACAUUCAGGAUCUAUGGAGAGACCCCUGAGGCUGUGAAGCAGGCUAGAGAAUAUCUUGAGUUCAAAGAAGACUACUUUCAGGUACCCAGGAACCUUGUAGGGAAAGUCAUCGGCAAAAACGGCAAAGUCAUCCAGGAGAUAGUCGACAAGUCAGGUGUGGUCCGGGUCCGGAUUGAGGGAGACAACGACAAAAAGCUUCCCCGAGAGGAGGUAGGCAGGCAGGGGGCUGGCAGAGACGACACUGCCAGCAGCAAAGAGGGCAUGGUUCCCUUUGUGUUUGUUGGGACUAAGGAGAACAUCAGCAAUGCCCAGGCCUUGUUGGAAUACCACGUGUCCUAUCUCCAGGAGGUGGAGCAGCUGCGCCUCGAGCGUCUCCAGAUAGAUGAGCAGCUCCGUCAGAUCGGGGUCGGAUACCGCGGUCCUCCCAGCCGGACCGGAGGACCCGGCGGUGACCGGGAGAAAGGCUACAAUACGGAUGAGAGCAGCAACUCACUCCACGCGUCCCGUACGUACGGUGGCCGUGGCAGAGGACGAAGGGCCUCCAACACCCAGUACUCUGGAUACGGUACAAACUCUGAGCUAUCAAAUGCUUCUGAGUCAGAGGAUGUUAAUGAUCGAGACCUGAGGCCCCGUGGCAUCGGUGGGGAUGAGAGAGGGUCCAGACGGGGCGGUAGGGGCCGAGGUGGCAACUCAGGACGAGGGCGUGGAGGCCCCACAGCCAAGCCUUCCAACUCUAUUAGCUCAGUUCUGAGGGAUCCGGACAGUAACCCAUACUCUCUGCUGGAGGGAGAGGGGGAGCUUGCAGACGCAGACCUCAGCGAGGGCAUGGGAGGGGACCGCCACAGACGAUCCCGCCGUCGCCGCAACGAUCAAGAACCCAGCGUGAUGGAUGCCGCUGCAGAGUCGGAUAAUCAGGCCGGCCCCAGCGAGAAUGGACUGGAUGAAGAAGCUCGACCUCAGCGCCGAAACCGAAGCCGCCGCCGCCGGAACCGUGGCAGCCGCCCAGAAGGAGGGUCAGCCAGCCGUGACAGACAGCCUGGAGAAAGUGUGACCGUAGCUGACUACAUAUCCCGUCCUGAGUCCCAGAGCCGACAGAAUCUGCCCCAGAAGGAGAACCACUCUGAAUCUGAACCCAAGGAGAAUGGAACCAGUGCAAAGAAGGAUGAGCGAACGCCCUCAAAGCGUUCUCCAAGCAAAGAGACGCAGACUUUGGUCAACGGGGUCUCAUAAAGAGACGAGCCCCAACCCUCGCAAACCCAAGUCUCAAGCAAGACUCCAUGGCAAACUGUGUCCCUGCUUGCAUUAACUUAAACCUUAAAGAGAUGAAAAGUACCUGACAAAAUACCUGAGUUCAUACAAUGAGAUGGAAAAAGUAAAAAAAAAAAAAAAACGACAAACGCAUCUACUUAAAACCACACGUUAACGGUGUAUGCUAUCCUAUCUAUCAGUACUUAGUGCUUAUUUAAAAACACAACUAGCUUGCCAAAAAAGAGCUGGUGCAUAUGACUUGAUUUCUAAAGAUACUGAAAACACAAGAAACAGGACAAGACUUUAUUAUUUUUUUUAACGGUUGUCUUUCUUUAUUUAACGUUAAUUCUGUUCAUUGUUUAUCACUGGUUUGGACUGGGCCGUUGCUCUCGCCACCAAAACAGACAUGUCUCGGUGUUAAAAGAGCAGACGUGAGAACUGCAGGCGUGCGAGCAGACAGUCCUGUAGUUCACGUGAAGCAGUGUUCACACAGAGCAAAGAUGGACAGAUCGGAGUAUUGAUAGACAUUGUGCCUUGAAUUUAAAAAAAAAAAGAAAAAUAAUUUUAAAAAAACGUACGUUUUUCCAUAAAGUUUGGUUUUGUUUCAUGAGAGGAAGUUAUUCUUCUAGUUGAAUAUUUUUUAUUUAAAAUUUGGUUUGAUGGAUGGAACAGACCUGUGAGGGAGUGAUGAGGAUCAAGAUCUAGAGAAUGGCUGACCAGUGUAAGGAAAACCAAGUCUGGUGCCAAAUACAAAAUCUAACGCCGCUCGUCCUCAUUCCAUGUAGAAUGGACAGCAUUGGGGGCGGAGUGUGCAGAUCCGUUCAUGCGCACAAGUGAAAAGAUUUGGCAACUAUAAAACUAUAGUUUAGUGCUGGGUGGUUUUAACUUUCCAGAGGGAUGUCAUGUCAAAUGCCACUUCCUCUUCUUGCCUAUUGUUGAUCUUUUGAGGGUCCAGGGCUGAGUCCAGGCAGGCACACUUGAACUGUAGAUUUAAACUUACACAGAAACUACACAGUGCCUCUUUCUGUGUCAGAGGCGGCGGCUGCAUUUUCGGCUUCCAGCCAUGCUGGUGACAAACCACUGCAGUCAGCAGCUCCAGAAGCGGAGGAGGGCCACCACCUUCCGUGCCACGGGUGCUUCUAAUAGGAGGGGGGGGGAGGGCCAAGAGACUGCAGACUGUGGGACUGGGACAGCUUCAAACGGGACGAGAGCCACAUGACACACAGUUACACUUCCACACACCGAGCACCAUGGGUGCACAGAUCAAUGUGGUCUUAACAUAAAAAGCAAGGUGUCUGUCCGGUACCGGGCAGUUUGGGUUGACAUAUUGGAGUAAGAGAUGGACUGGAAACCUCAGUGGCUCUCUGCUCAUGUUGUUACUGUUGUCUUGGUUACAGCUCUCAGAUCUUUAUUUGUUGCUAUUUCCACAUCUUUAGAAAAAUCUGAAAUAAAACAUUGAAGUGAAAUCAA